AUGUCUGAUUCAAAUAAUAAAACAAAUGGUGAAACUCACCAAGAAAAUCCACAGAACGAUGAUAAAUCUGAAAACGAUAAUUCAAAACCUGUAGAUAUAAAUGAAGAAAUUUUGAAACAAGUAGAAUAUUAUUUCGGAGACAAUAACCUUCGUAAAGACAAAUUUAUGUUAAAUCAAAUCAAGAUGGAUGAUGGAUGGAUUCCCAUGUCGGUUAUGCUAGAAUUUCGAAGACUCGCCAAAUUAUCAUCUGAUCCAAAAGUCAUUGCCAACGCAUUAGGAAAAUCAAAAUUGAUAGAGGUGGAUGAAUCUGGAGAAGAAAUUAAAAUUCGAAGAUCUCCAGAUUAUCCAUUGGAAGAAUUAACUUCUGAAAAAUUUAUGGAAUUAAGAUCGAGAAGUAUUUACUGCAAAGGUUUUCCCCUUGAUUACACAAUGGAUGAUUUAAUAACAUUUUUUAAUAAUUAUGGACCUUUUGAAAAUAUAAUUAUGAGAAAAUACAAUGAUAAAUUAAGUAAAACAUAUAAAUUUAAAGGUUCUGUUUUUGUUACUUAUGCAACUAAGGAAAAAGCAAAAGAAUUUUUAGAUUUAGAAAGUGUCAAAUGUAAAGAUCGAGAAUUAAUUAAAAUUAGUAAAAUCCAAGUGUUUAAUUUAUUAUUGUUUUCUCGUGUUGUGAAAGAACAAUUUCCAAAAGGAACCAUUCUUCACCUUGAGGGUGAUUGCAGUCAACUGACAAGAGAAAAUAUUAAGGAUAAAUUUAAUAAUUUAGGAUAUGAAGUUGCAUUUGUUGAAUAUAACAAAGGAGAAAAAGAAGCUCAUGUUCGAUUUAGUAAAGAAAAUGCAGGAAAAGAUUUUAUCGAAAAAGAAGGUAAAGAAAUAAAUAUUGAAAAUUCAAAAGUUCAAGCAAGAUUAUUAGAAGGAGAAGAAGAAGAAAAAUUUCUCAUAAAAGCCAUGGAAGAUAAAAAGGCGUAUUUAAAAAAAUGUCAACAAGCUAAACAAGGAGGUAGAAGAGGGAGGGGUAAAGGAAGAGGGAAAAAUAAUAAAAGAAAAGGAAAUGCGGAAGUUGAAUCACCUCCGGCUAAAAAAGUUGCAAGUGAAAAUUAA